UUCCAUAGUGGGUCGCACCAUUUCAAUGAGGACCUACGAACCCACGAAGCAGGCCAAAUAUUGUCGCCGGUGGAUUGCAUCUCCUAAACAAAUUAACCGUCAUGGAUUCGGAACGUUGGCCAGCAGUGCGGUUCACCGCGCGCUUUCGCCCUGAUCUCACUGCGAUCGGCGAACAGACUUCAGAAGAAAUCGCGCAGCGAGACUCCUUCGAACGACUCGAACACAGCAGCGAACCCGUGUACUGGUCCGCAGAAAACGGCGCGAGCGACCGAGGGUCGUCCCUUGCGAGCCAUCAAGGUGAGAAGGUGAGGACGCAGUGGUCCGAGGCGAGCUUCGCUGAGCAAACCCUCGAUCACGUCGGUCGACACUGGUUCCACCCCCCACCGCCGUUACCGGACGGUCACCACUUCGACGUCGACGCCUACGGCGAGGAGCGGAAGUCGCUCUCGGCGUCCUGCGAGCUCCCUUCGAGUUUACUCGAAGCGAAUUUCCGGGCCUCCCACUCUAAGAAUGGAGAUCAGCUCGAACAGGCCACGCCAAUGCAACGCGCGCUCUCCCCAGUCCGCCACAGCGGUCAUCAAGAUCCGUGCGCCAGGUACGCGUUGGCGAUGUUCCUAACAGUGCUUGCUGUCGUAUGCGCCACAGCUGCCUUCGUCGACAUAAGAUGGCGCGCCCAGGGCGGCAGUGACCAGAGCCUAAUGGUCGGCUACGCCGAUGCGCCUGCCACUGCCUCAGUUACAGACAGCCAGCCCGAAAAGCGUCACGUCGUUUCAUCGGAGUCGGCGCCGAUAUCGACAGUGACGCCAAUAUCGACAGCGACGCCAAUAUCGACAGCGGCGCCCGUACCACGGAAGCUAGGGAAGAGAUAUUUGGCGCUUAAUAAUGUCGGCCCGCUGCAGAAGCGAGAAGUGCGAGAACACGGCGAGUCGGUCACGGCUUUAUCGGCGAAAGACGCAGUCGACUUACCGGGCAGAAGGACAAAGGGACGCGUAAUAAUAACGCAUACGCCCAGCUUCGCGAAGCCUGGACGCUUGUACGCGAACUACAGCAGUCAGAGCUUGGUAACGACUUCUCCAAAUCCAUUUGCCUCCAAGUCUCGCCCGCAUAUCCUGUCGGCGCCAAUACAGAAGCCUACAAAGCACAGGUGUGGCGUGGCCUUCUACACGUACUGCUCGCAGACCCGCCAUGACGUCUACUACCUGCACGCCACCCGGUCGUGCGUGCCCACGCUCACAGACCACGUGCAGGUCUGCAACCAUUCGCCCAAUAGGUUCGCCACUCUGCAGGCUUGCCAGCAGAGCUGCAUCCACAGUGAGCUGCCGUCGGAGUCGUGCUUCGAGAAGACGCUGUUCUCCUGGUGCAGCAGGCAAGACGUAAGCGCAACCUGGUGGUCGUUCGACGGAAAGCACUGCCGGCCGUGGCACUUUCCCAAGGGCCUCUGUCCGGACUUCGCGGAGACGGACGUGUUCGCCAGCCAACAAGAGUGCAUGCGCCGCUGCUUCCCGCUGCGCCGCGUGUCGGUCAGGAGGCAUGCCGGCAGGAGGCCCCGCGCUCCGUGCAGAAGGCCCAAGGCGGGCGCCGCCUGCGACGUGGACGUGGUCAAGUUUCCCUACUUCGCGGACAUUUCGCCCGGCAGCGGCCGCGUGCGUUGCCUGAAGUCGUCUGCUUCACGUCUGCUCGACCAUCGUUGCCUGAUUGGCUCCAACCGGUUCCUCUCGGAGGCCGCUUGCAGGAGGACGUGCGUGGACAGCGCCCCCGAAAGAAGGCCGAAGUAUAUAUUGGCCUGAUACGUUUGCGUCGUCGAACGGACGUUGUAUCGGCAGGACUGCAAGUUUCGCGACGCUUAACGCUUACCUGCCGGAGCCAUUUCGAGCCUUAGGAGUAGCCUUUCAAUUGUUAUUCGUAAUCGGAACAUCCAAUUAAAGCUUUCCCGUUUAGCGCUGCAAGUAAAACUUCUGUCAGCC